CGUGAUCUUUCACAACUAUUGCAAGCUUAUCAUUUAGUUUUCAAGGCAGAUUCGAUCAAUUGAACUGUUUUACAUUAACCUAGAGCCUAGCAGGCCAUUGUAUGUUUUAUAAAUUAAAUAUUGGUGAUGACAUCGUGUGUAAAGUGAAUGAUGUAAUAAACCAAGUUAGAAUAAUACAGGAAACACCCGAAAAGCGAAAACGUGCGCGAACGCAAAAAUUAUCCACAACGUUCAGUUCGUUCUCGCACAUCGGCGCGUUAAAUCCUGUGAGAUUCUCAAAAACUACGCUUAUUUUCGCCAACGAAUUUCGUGGAUUUCAUUUGCAAGAAAUAAAUCAUGAGCGAUUCACCCCAACCUCCCUCUGGGGAAUUGAAAAAUCUCAGUCUGGAAGGGGAGAAAGCGGAAAGUGAAAGACCGUCUACCCCAUCUUCCCUAACAUUCACCGAGCAAUUUAAAACGUUUGCCAAGUUUGGCGACCCAAAAUCGGAUGGUCGACAAAUAACUUUAUCAAACAGUGACAAAUGGAUGAAGCAAGCCAAAGUUAUCGACGGAAAGAAAAUCACGACGACAGACACCGGAAUCGCUUUCAAAAAGCUGAAAUCGACUAAAGUAGGCAUUUUAGACUACCAGAAGUUUUUGGAAGAUCUCGCCAAGAGCAAAAAAAUUGAAGUAGCCGACAUUAAAUCAAAACUGACGAACUGUGGACAACCAGGCCAUCAUGGACUGGGGAAUGUGAAAAAUACCAGCACAGUUAAUAGAUUGACCGAUGCCUCAAAGUUCACAGGAACGCACAAACAGAGAUUUGAUGAAGCCGGAAAAGGCAAAGGCAUUGCUGGACGAAAAGACCUUGUUGAUUCAUCCGGUUAUGUCAGUGGGUAUCAAAACAAAGACAGCUAUGAGAAAAAAGAAUAAAAGAAAAACCAUAUUUAUUAAAAAAUAUAUGCUUAAGUUUACACCGUGCACUAUACUCGAGAAAUGAGUAACUUAUAUUCAAAUAUUUGUACUCGUGUCUGCUUCCAAUGGAGCUUCCAGUUUUCCUUUGCACAAGAGUUUGUUUAAAUAGAACGUUUUUGAUAUGUCAAGUACUUAUUUAGAUAAUUAUAAGCGGUUGUACUCGUUUAGAGAUUUUUGCGUAGUUUUAGUUUUAUAUUUUUUCACGAUCGUUUAAAAAUGUUAAACUCACUAGACACUUACAAUUAAGGUACGCUGUGCUGGAAUGUGACCCAUUCUUUUAAAUAAAACUGCACACUUCCUCCAGUCUAUUUCAUUAAAAGUCUAUGUAUCAUAUAAUAUGAUAGUAAAUGUGAUCGUACAAAAGUCUAGUGCAAUGUUGCUCUAACUGAAUUGGUGUAAACUAAAUCAAAAGCUAUAUAUUUUAGGUAUACCACGUCUAUUUCGAACUCCAAACUUAAUUAGCAUAAGGUAAAGAAUAAUAUUUUUACUUUCCUUCUCGUAUGUAGAAUGUGAAAUUUAUAUUAAUUUAUUAAAAGACAAUAAAAUAAACAAACAAAUGAUUUGUUCAAGUUUGUUGUA